CUGUUGAGCUCCAGUUAAGAGCCGCUAAUUGAUUCGGACAUCUCUUGGGUCGCGGCACAUUUGCAUAAUGACUAGCUAUCGGAAGAACCUAAUGCUAGUGCUGCUCCUGGUGGCCAGCACUGCCAUUGUCCAGCUGGAGGCCAAGACCGUCUUCCGCCGGACGGAUAAGAUAUCGGAGAACUUCAAGCAACUGGAUUUGCCGCCCGAGGAAAUCGAUCCGAAUGUGGCGCCGCCAGAGUCCGAGCCACCCAAGGUGGACGAUGUGGUGGAUGCCGCUGUGCCGGUGAUCGAUGAGAGUGCCAAUGAGAUAACCAGCGCUGAUGUGGAGUCCACCAAUGCGGUGCAGGAAGUGGCCACUGCUGCUGCUGCUCCUGCUCCUGCUCCCGCUGCUGCUGCUGCUGCUGUGGAAACUCCUGUGGCUGAGGCUGCUCCAGAGGCAGCUGCCGCCGCCGUCACCAAGCCACCAAAGGUGCCCAGCACCACGGCCAAGCCGCAGAAUCCCAUCAGCAGGUACUGCAAGUGCUCGGAGUCGCAGUGCGACUGCUGCCGCAAGUUCGGGCUGCCGCUGCUGACCAGCCAGGGUUGCGCCAGGAUCGCCUAUCUGGGCAACGACGAGAUGAACGUGUCCCUGAAGUACGGCGACAUCACCCUGGCCUCGCGCCGCAUCUCCAGCAAGCGGGCACGCCCCAUUUGCGUGGGUCUGCCCGGCGGCUACUCCGAGUUCUGUGGCCGCGUCUAUGGCCUGUCGCGCUCCAAGGAGUCCAAGGACUUCAAGGCCUGCCUGGCCUUCGAGCUGCGCUCCGACGAGGAGGUGGAGGCCUCGCUCCGGGUCUCCUGCUUCAAGUUCGGUCCGGAGGGUCUGCGAGUGGCCGAGGCGGAGCCGUUGCCCACGAAGCCAGCGAGCGACGAUGAUGACGAUGAUGAUGAUGAUAUCUUUGGCUUUGCCGCUGGUGGCGACGAUGACGAGGACGAGGAUGAUGACUAUGACAGCGAAACCGACAACGACGCCGAUGCCGAUACCGAUGAUGAUGAUGACACCGAGGACUAUGCUGAUGACGACGAGGCCGAGGCGCCCGAGGACGCUGACUAUGGUGGCUUCAGUCUGGCCGGACUCCUGGAUGAGCUGGACGAUGACGAGGACGAGAAGCCGGCCAAGAAGCCAGCGGCUGCGGCUGCUGCUGCUGCAGCUGCUGCAGGUGCCGGCGAUCAGACCAGGGAGCAUGUGAGCACCGAUGGCCAGGCGGAGACACAGCUGGUGCAGAGCAAGGACGAGGCGGGUGCUCCGGCUGCCACUGUUCCCGCCAAGGAUGAUGCCGCCGCCUCUGCCUCUGCAGCUGCUGCAGAUGAGGCCGCACUUCCGGCUGCCGUCGAGGGUGAGGUGACCCCGGCUCCUGCCGCCGCUGACCUUGACUCCACCACGCCCAAGGCCAAGAAAUCGAAGAAGGCGAAAAAGAACAAGAAGAAGAAGGCCGCCGCCGAGGCGACCGAGGAGACCGGCUUCGCCUACGAAUUGUUGAACGGCAUCCUGGAUUUUUUCAAUUGAGCGGCCAGCGCGAGUUUGCCAAUAUGUUGGGCAACAGUGUAAAUACCUUGUACCGCCGCAGCUGGCCGGGAUUUGGAGUUAGACUUAGUAGCUAGUGCCUAGGGUAUCCCCUGAAUCUGAAAUUCACUUAUUUAUUUGCUAUU